ACUGAGGGCCCCGUACCGGAUUAUCUUGGCCGGUAGAUCAGUCUCGCUCGACAUAGACAUUGACUUCAAUCGGCCAUCUCUAUAAAUUCUCUUAUUAAAACAGUUGUACACGCGUAACCAGUGCUACAUUACAGGUGCCUUAGGUGGUUCGUUUUUAUUUCAGUGUUGUGUGUGUCUCGUCCCGGUGACCUUGAUGCCGCCUGCAUUUAUGUGCGUGUCCAUUUGGUAGCUCGGUCUCGUAUAUCUAAAUUAGAUUCCGCACUGGCGCAACUAAAAACCAUCCAUUCAAAAAUAUUUUAAUGUGCCAGUUUAACUGACGAGACAUUGUGUACUAUCAAUAUAAUUUAAUGCAAGUGUAAUGGGAUUUGAGUUAAGUUACUGAUACAAUUUUAAAGUGUGUGUAUAUGUGUAGUGGCUGUUUAUUAGAACAACCAUAAAUGAACAGAACGAUGGGCCCCAUUCAGAUGGGGUCCUUACAACUUAUACUAAGCUUGAUGAUGACAAUUGGAUAUACCCGAAGUUUGUCAACACAUCAAGGUCUGUAUUCAGGAACUAUUUUAUCAGCACAUUCAUCCUACCCACGAAAGGUAUCUGCCGAGGGCCAUCACAUCUCACACGAUCUGACUAGCUUCCACGAUACGGAUGCAAAUUCUGUGCACUACAAUGUUUCGGUAACAAAUGACACUUAUCACCUAUUAGUACUUAAACCCAGCAAACACUUCUUAUCGCCUGGUUUGAUGAUUGAACGACGUAAGAGGGAUGUGCAUACAAGAUAUAGACCUAAACGUGAAGUGCAUGGAUGUCACUACUAUGGAGUGGUCCACGGACAACCAAAUUCAAGAGUUGCAGUGUCUACUUGUAACGGACUUACGGGUAUUAUACAUAUAGAAAAUGGAAAAUUUUAUAUAGAGCCGGCAUAUCAUCCAACAAAAACUAUAAAGCCAGGACAUAAACAUUUAGUGUAUAAGAGAUCUGCAGUAGUUACAAGUUAUCCAAAAAAGAAGCGAAGGAAAAAAAGAAGGGGACAUUUAAAUUGUGGCACUCGAGAUCCUAAAAAAAUGACUCAACUGGAAUGGCAAAAACAACUUGGGAAAGUUAAAGUUCAAGAAAAGAAAUCCAAACAUAAGCACAAAGUUCAAAUAACUGGUAUUGAGGAGUCUCAACUGAAAAAGCAUAAGUACAGGAAAGUCGAGACACGAGGCAAAAGAUCUGUGAGCAAUCCUCAUUAUGUAGAAACGCUUCUUGUCGCAGAUCAUAGCAUGGUGGAGUUUCACGAAGACGGUGAUAUUGAAAUGUAUCUUCUUACGCUUAUGAAUAUGGUAUCAUCAUUUUAUAUGGACCCAAGUAUCGGCAAUCUCGUAAAUGUUGUCGUGGUGAAAAUAAUACUAAUAGAUGAAGCAAUUGCUGAACCAGAUUUAAAUAUUACUUUUAAUGCCUCUUUGACUUUAAAAAACUUCUGCAAAUGGCAGAAAACUUUAAAUCCAGAUAAUGACAAUGAUCCUCAUCAUCAUGACGUAGCAAUUUUAAUUACGAGGACCGAUAUUUGUGCUCAAGGAAAUUAUCCUUGUAAUACACUUGGUGUGGCGAAUAUUGGCGGAAUGUGCAAAUCUGGAAGAAGCUGCAGCGUUAAUGAAGAUACUGGCAUCACUUCAGCUCAUACCAUGGCUCAUGAGAUGGGGCAUAACUUUGGAAUGUUACAUGACACUGAAGAAACUGGCUGCAAAGGUAGGCAUGGCAACGUUAGGCACAUCAUGAUGCCGUCGUUUGACGCAGAGACCGCGGUGGUCAGCUGGUCAAAUUGCAGCCGCAGGGAGAUUACCAAUUUUCUGGACAAGGGUUUAGGAAAGUGUCUUCAAGAUCCACCGCAAGACUUACAGGAAUAUGAAUAUCCAGUAUUGCCUCCUGGAGCUUUAUACAAUGCUGACUACCAAUGUCGCUUUCAAUUUGGUGCUGAAGCUACAGUUUGUUCGCCACCAGAUGAAAUCUGUGAUCGUUUGUGGUGCAAUGUGAAUGACACUUGCAGUACUCAACUAAGACCAGCUGCGCCAGGCACAAAUUGUGGAAAACAUAAGUGGUGCCAAAAUCAGAAAUGCGUACCAAUGAUGGAGCCACCUGUGCCUAUUGACGGCGGUUGGGGUGAGUGGAGUUCCUGGAGUGAAUGUUCUCGUACUUGCGGAGCCGGCGUAUCCAUUAUGGAACGUGAAUGUGAUCAUCCUACCCCAACUGCAGGAGGAAAAUUCUGUGUAGGGGAACGACGGAAGUAUCGUAUUUGUAACACGGAUCCUUGUCCUGAAGGUGGACCAACAUUUCGGGCAGUACAAUGUUCCUCCUUCAAUAAUCGCACUUAUAAAGGCAAGAAAUACGAAUGGCAUCCAUAUUUCGAGAAAGACCAGCCGUGCCAACUUUAUUGCAGUGAUGCCAAAGAAACUGUAAUUGUUCCAUGGGGUCCUUAUGCAGCGGACGGGACGCCCUGCAACAUUGUGUCAAGAGACGUUUGUAUAUCUGGAAUAUGCAAGAGCGUAGGUUGCGACUGGGUGGUGGAUUCGGCGGCCAAGGAGGAUGAAUGCGGAAUAUGUCAAGGAGACGGAACUAAAUGCGACAAAAAGGUUGGAAUCUACACCAAACAGAGUCACUCACAGGGUUACAGGGAAGUAGUGGUGAUUCCGCCGGGCGCUCGCAAUAUUCGCAUCGAAGAAAAGGAUCGCUCGUUGAACUACAUCGGUGUCGGAGCAGCUUUGCAUAAAAAAUUCUAUCUCAACGGAAAACGUCACAUCACGCUACCGGGAGAGUACACCGUUGCGGGAGCCCAAGCACUCUACGAAAGGGACAACGAACUGGAGAAAAUACGCAUCCCAGGUCCAAUCCAAGAGCCCAUCGUGGUUUAUGUAAUAUACAUAGGUGAUGCUUUUAAUCCGGGAGUUGAGUACAAAUAUUCGAUAUGGAAACCAGAGACUACUAAACAAGUGAAGUACACAUGGAUUCUAGGCCUUUGGUCACAAUGUUCAGCUACGUGUGGUGGUGGUUUUCAACACAGAGAGCCACUUUGUCAAGAAUCGACCGUCUCUACUGUGGCCUCUGAAUUAGAUGGACCCUCCAUUGUCGAUGAACUAAUGUGCGAACCAUCCGAAAAGCCCGAACAACUCAAGAGGUCCUGCAACGACGAUCCCUGUCCUUAUCACUGGUGGAUUGGACCUUGGCAAUCGUGUCCGGUUACUUGCUCGAAUGAGGUGGAACCACCCAUGCAGCGCAGAAGCGUUAUGUGUGUAGAUGGCCAAGAGAUGGCAUUCGCUGACAUUUAUUGUGACAGAAAAGCCAAACCUUACGAAUACCAACCCUGUCCGAAUAAUUUGCCUCCGUGCGAAAACGAUAGGAAAUAACCGUCUGCUUGGAAUUUCAGAUUUGUCAUACAUUGCAGUAUUAUAAAUAUACAAAAACCUGUUUCAAAUUGUUGCACGGUGUUACAUUAGUUAUACAUUAAUGAAUUAAUAAAUAUUAUAAGUGAAAA